AUGACCAAUGGUGGAGUUGAUAGGAGUGUUGAGUGCACUGGAAGCGUUCAGGCUAUGAUCUCUGCAUUUGAAUGUGUUCAUGAUGGUUGCGGGGUUACUGUACUUGUUGGAGUGCCAAACAAAGAUGAUGCGUUCAAAAGAAUCAAAACCCAUCCAAUGAACUUCUUAAACGAGAGGACUCUUAAGGGUACUUUCUAUGGUAACUACAAGCCCCGCACUAACCUUCCUCGUGUUGUGGAGAUGUACAUGAACAAGGAGCUAGAAGUGGACAAAUUUAUCACUCACUUUGUUCCUUUCUCUGAGAUGAACAAGGCUUUCGAUUACAUGUUGGCAGGACAGGGAAUCCGGUGCAUCAUCCGCAUGCAGCAUUAG